GAUACUAGAGACGCAAAAGAUAGACAAAAAGUAAUAGAGUUAUCUAAUGAAGUACUAAAACUUGUGGACUUGUCUGCCUAAUUAACCCAUCUUUAUAUAUGCCAAUAUUUGCUAUCCUCAAUUAUUAGUAAUAUACAAAUAUAAAUAUUAGUAGUAGAUGCCGGUCAUUUUUUCUUCUCUCCCUCUCUCUCUUUCUCUCUGAGCAAAUCCACAACAACACAAAGCUAUGGCUGGUAUGCUUCCCGGAGUUGAAUGCGCAAGGAGGCGACGCUUCCACGGUGGUGCUCCACCGAUUGAAUCUUCCAACACGGCUGUGGCGGCGACGGCAGGACACGUGUGGACUAGGCGACCAUCGUUCUCUCUCUACACUACCAAUCAUGAGAGUCAUCAGGCACAUGUCUCCUUCUCGGAGAGAAGUGUUAGGAGCAAGACUUAUGGAGAGGACAAUGAUGAGAAGCUCGACGGAGCAGUCAAAGAGGCGAAGCAGAGGCUGAACGAGCGGCUGAGAAUCCCGCGUACAAGGCAAAAUGGUAAAGACAAAGGAAAUAAACCGGAGCAAGUGAAAGGUAAACCUCACGGGGAGUUACUGACCGAAGUGGUCGGGUUGAAGAAGAGCCGAGGAAGGCUGAUGGAAUGGUUCAAGUGGCGGGUCAGGGAACAACAAGACUGUGCGAUAUGUCUAGAUCGAUUCAAGAAGGGUGAAAAAUUGGUACAUUUACCAUGUGCCCAUAAGUUUCACUCCAUAUGCUUAUUGCCUUGGCUAGACACCAAUGUUUAUUGCCCUUAUUGUAGAACGGAUAUUUGGAAUUAAAUGUCAUAAUUUUUAUGUCAUAAUACUAGGUCUUGUUUAUGGCUUGCUAAA